UGGUUGGUAGAUUUAUUGAGAACACGAUCCGGCAAUGAGUCGGUGCUACCGUCGUCAUGGAAGUCGCACCUGAGACCACUCCAGUGAAUCCCUCUGAAGCGGAAAAACAUGUUUAUUCGGUGUGGGCAAUCCCACCGGAGGAGGUGACCGCUAGGCUGAAGAAAUUGAUGGAUGGCCUGAGGUCGGAGUUCGGCGGACCCGGAUUUGAGCCCCACAUCACGGUUGUGGGGGCCAUCAACUUGACACCUGAUGAUGCGAUUACCAAGUUCAGGUCCGCUUGUGAAGGGCUCAAGGCGUACGACGCUACCGUUGAUCGUGUGGCUACAGGGACCUUCUUCUAUCAGUGUGUUUAUUUGUUAAUUCAUCCCACGCCUGAGGUAGUGGAAGCUAGUGUGCACUGCACCCGACAUUUUGGUUACAAGAGCUCGACAACUUACAUGCCUCAUCUGAGUCUCCUGUAUGGGGAUCUGUCAGAUGAGGAAAAGAAGAAUGCUCAAGAAAAAGUUAAUGUUCUGGACGAGAGCAUUAACGGCCUUAGCUUCCCAAUAAAUCGUCUAGCAUUGUAUAAGACAGACACCGAGGACAAAACUCUCAAAUCCUGGGAGAAGGUUGCUGAAUGCAGUCUCAGCCCGAAUUAGUUCAAUGUCUUCUCAGUUCUUGUUGCUAAUAAAGCUUGCUAACUUCUAUGCGCUUCUUUUGGCUGCCAUUGACUAUGUAAUUGGUGUUUGUCACCACCAUACUAUACUUUCCACUAAUGCUCAUGCUCUGAUAAGACUGAUAUCUAUUAAUGUAUAUGGUGUUUACUUGUACAUA